AUGGCUUCGUCAUCUAAGCCGUCCAGCACCCUUCUAUACUCCUGCAUAGCCCACGGCACUACGAUCCUGGCCGAGCAUUCUUCACCGGGCGCCUCUUCGACGUCAGCCUCGUCGCUCGCAUCAAUCAUCCUGCCUAAGAUCUCACACGACAAACCUCAAAAACUCACAUACACCCACGACCGCCUCUUUGUACAUUACAUUGCCGAUUCGCCAUCGGGGCCUGCUAAAGAUGGCAGCAAUCAAGAAACACUAUCAUCGCAUUCCUCGCUGAGCUAUAUCGUCGUGGCUACAGCUGAACAGGGCCGUCGUAUCCCAUUCGCCUUCUUACUUGAAGCAAAACGGAAGUUUCUCACAGUUUAUCCUCCAUCUACGACCGAUUUCUCCGCCUUGCCAGCCUAUGGGUGCGCCGGUUAUAAUCCUGAGCUUCGCGCUCUGCUGCAACAAUAUAAUACUGCUCCGCCUUCGGACUCUCUUGCCUCUGCGCGGCGGGAGAUUGAUAGUCGGGUGCUUGAGCGCGGCGAGAGGAUUGACCUGUUGGUUGAUAAGACAGAUCGACUGGGCGGCAGUGCGCAUGACUUUCGCAUGCGCUCAAGAGGGUUGCGCAGACGAAUGUGGUGGAAAAAUGCUAUGUACCUCACCAUCAAACCCGUUAUCAUCAUCGAUAAAAAAUCUCGAAACGAGUCUGCAGCAAACGAUUCAAACGAGUCUCGAAAUGACAAAGCCAUUAUUGUCGUGAAACAGACUUCUCUGAUGCUUGGUGAAGUGAGGUUAAGAUGGAAGAAGCGACUUGUUGAUAGUAAAAUCUGUGCGUCACAUGACUACGCUAAGCGGAGAUGGGAUUGGCUGAUUUUAUCCUGCAAACUAAUUCUGUUUGGGAUUAGUGCAAGGCUUGCUGGCGGGGCCGUCACCCGUGAACCUUUGCGCGAUUCGCUCAAAGUAGAUACCCAAAUUGACGCCAAAAGGGCGCAGACGAAGGAAAUCGCGGACUCGAUAGGCCCUUCAUCGUUUCCAAACCACGUCCUCUCGCUGAAGCGCGCUUGCCUGGAGUUCGCGUACAAAAUAUUCGGCGAGCGGCCGGUCAUGUCGUCUUCCUCUAACUUCUACAACUCGUAUCGAUAUGGCAACAAUAACAACCAACGGAAUUCAGGUGACAAAUUUGCAGGCAAUCGCCAGCCCGUACAACCGCCUCAGGGGUAUAUGGAAGCUACAUACAGUUGGAAUAAUCAAGGCGCAACAUCCGGUUUAGACAACCAACAAGUCCAGAAUUCGAAGGUGUAUUCGAACAAUGACGACGUGCACUCGCGUCCUCAAGACCCUUCAUCGAGCUUCGCCCACUUACCGGCUGCCUUAGGAAGCUAUAACCAAGCCGUGGAAAAUACGCAGCGGCCCACGGGUUUGAAUAGCCUGGCCUACGCUUCGUCGAUGAAGUCCGAAAAUCCAAGGAUGUCACAGCCGACGAAGGCUUCGGCGCAAGGCUCUAGAGUCUUCUCCCAAUACCAAAAUACGGUGACUUCGUAUAAUUACUCGUCGCACAGCUCAGCUCCGAAUCAAACAGCAAAUUCGCGCGCGACAAUCAACUACAACCAACAACCUCAGCGAUCCUCCGUCGCUGCUCCUCAGACAGCCGCGCCUUCAUAUACACAUUUUAAUUUAUCUACUCUGCACGAUCCAGAGAGGCAAUCUAGUACACAGCCUGCUCACAUGUCACACUCAGAGCGCCGACCAUCUCCUGAAGGGAACCCGCAAGCAAAUGCUCUACGACGAGUAUCGAAUUACAAGAGUCCACCGAUAUCACAAGCCUCCACAAAUGCCUCAUCAAAUGCACCUGUCUAUGCUCAGACCUCUCAGGGUUAUGGUUCGUUCACUUCGAACACCUCGUCUGCUGUCAGUCACCAACACACAGCGGCCUCCAGAGAGCCCACGGUGACAGGUAUCACGCGUACAAGCACGCCGCCCACAGUACCGCAGAACUAUAUCCAUGCAGUGCCUGAUAGCAAUACGAAUACAGCAUCAAACUCUGCCAUGGAAACGAGAGCUUCAAAUCAGAUAUCCCCAUCAAAAGUUCAGUUCAUUAAUCCAACUGAUCUGUACACUCAGCAAUAUUUUCUUGCACAGGAACGCGCCAGAGCGGCUGAAGCUGAAGCGGUGGCAGAGGAAAAUCGCAGGAAGGAAGCUGAGGCUCAAGCGCAGUCCCAAGCAGAAGCAGGAGCCAGAGCUGCAGAAGCUGCCACAGCCACAGAUACGCUGGCAACGCCUACAGGCACGGACAAGGGGAAGUCUACCAAAACGAAGGCUGCCAAGAACUCUGCGAAAAAGAGAUCAUCUAUAAAGAAGAAUGACGCUGAGAAGGCUCCAGCAACGGCGGAUGCUCUAGAAACAGAUGACGAUAUGGCUAGUGAAAUGCGAUUGAUGCUAGAAAAACUUCGUGGGAUGCGGACAAAAGAUCCUUUAUUGUUUUCUAAACUGUGGGAUGAUUUCAAAAAAGCACCACCAAAUAAUCCAGCAGCUUCAACCACCCAAGCCCCAUCUUCGGGACCAGUGACUGCCACUGCAAGCCAGCACUUGACGGGUCAGGCUGCAACAGAAGAAACUCCUGGUCAUGAGCCUUUGCCAGAUCUUGGUAAAUUCCCUGCAAUGCGGCGCAAGAGGAAUCGCAAAAGCGACAUUCCCAAGCCGCCGCUCAACUCCCAGUUAGAUCUUCCUGCAACCACAGCACAGGCUAAUGUUGAUUCCAUGCUAAACCAGCAACGCCCAUCACAACCGCCCCCAACAGCAUUUGAAGCCCAGCACGCGAUUUCUAAUAGCACUUCUAACAGCGUGGUGGCGCCAACUAAAGCGAAAAAGGCAUCAAAUGCUCCUAGCAAACCGCAACCUAAGACAAACACUGGCCAGGAUGCUACAUGGCCAGCCGCGACCCAACAAAAAUUAGCUCAAGCUGCAUCGGAGUAUUUAGGGAAGGAUCCUGCAAACAAAGGGAAACAGUGCUCACCAGAGUCUCUUAUGCUUCUUUUGCGAAAUAACCCAACUUAUCCAGAUCUAUGCAGCCAACUAGAGUCUCGCGGGUUUGCCCUCGACAGGCAAGCUAUGGCCAGGUUCCUCCUCUCAUCAGUGCCUACACUUGUCAACAGUAACAAUGGACAUCUGACCGAAACGAACAAAAUAGGGCCUGGGCCCCCGUCUAAGGUAGCGCAGUCUCUACCGCUAGCUACAACACAGCCGAUGCCACCUCAGCUUAACGGAGCUACAGUGCCACUUCAUCUCCCUCAAUUGUAUACACCCAAUGCGCCUUUUCCGGAAUGGCAGCAAACAAUUUCUGUUACUAAACCCCAAACGCCACUGAUGACUCAAUUGAACUUGAAUACGGGUGUCGCUACAACUGUGCCUUUACCUGAAUCAAAAAAGAAAGAAUCAAACAAGUCCUUAUCACGUCCACGAAAAUCUGGGGGCCAGUUUGCUGCGAUUCCCGUUAUUGGACCCAAAGCUGAAUUGUCGAGGAAGAGAUUGUUUUCUGAGAUUGUAGAUAUGUCUCAGCUCAGUAGUGACGAAGAGGAUGAUGAUCCAUAUCCUCGUCCUAGAGCGAGCUCCCAUUUCGACGUCACCCCCAAUGGGCAGCCAGGGCUUGGUCUAGGCCUGUCCCCAGAUGCCAUGGACCUGGACACGGACUCGCUGCCUGCAACUGAGCUUGAUCUGUCUGGUUCUCGCACUGCCAGAGAGGCUGAUAUAGCUCAACCGGAUAUAGAAUACGACCCCGAUGAUGAGUUUGUGCUGGAGUCAAUCAAGAAAUUGCCAAACCUUGCCAAGCCACUGAAGCCUUCAGCUGCGUUGAACCGAGUCUACUACAACCCGAAAUAUAUUGCGCGAGAUAUCAUGCUUGCUACAGGCCGCCAUCCGUCUGAACGCCCUUUGAACUACCAUUUGCUGAGGUUCACGCAAACAUUCCCGGGGGUCAGUACCAAGUCAGAUUUCGAAACAUUCCGGUGGGAUCUGGUCGAUCCAGGCGGGCCAUCAAUGCCUGUUGUCGAGCUCGAGGACAUCCUCGUGGAGCCUCCUCAAAUCACUCGCAAGCGAAGACAGCGCGUUGGUGCAUCAUCACGUGACACUGAAGACGGCAAAGGCCCCACAUCCGAUAGCCAAGCUGCGCCUAAACCGACCUUCCCUUCCAUUUCAGUUUCUCAGUCCACACCACAGGCGGUUCACAAUUCCAUGGCUGGGACACCGACCUCAGGCCAAAGGACUGGCCGUCGAGGUCGCCCUCCAGGUGCAAAAAAUAAGAACCCAUCAAAGGCUGCUCUGAAAGCUGCUGCUGCCGCCGCCGCCGCAACUGCGCCCCCUACAAAGACCAUUCGCAUUGCAGGGCCUGAACCCACUCCCAACGUCCCCGAGCCGACCUAUCCUGUCUUUACGUGUGAGUGGGCCUCGUGUCCAGCACAGCUUCACGACAUCCACACGUUGGAGCGUCAUGUCAACAAAGUCCACCUCCCUGGACAGAAGACGUGCCAAUGGCAGAGUUGCCCCAACUCCACGACAGAGUAUAGCGACGAAGCUCUCAAGGGCCAUUUGGAAAAGGCGCAUAUUCAGCCUCUGGCAUGGAAAUACGGGGAUGGUCCGUCCGUAAAUGGAACUGAUUUUGAACUCGAUCGAUAUCUGAAUGCCAAUGGAUUGAUUGUUACGCCGGAUACUGCUACGGCAGGCGAUAACGAUGCGAUUAUUUUCCCUGUUGAGCAGAGGCCGAUUCGUGCAUUCAACAAGUUGUACGGAGACCAAAAGCCCACAGAACGAGCACAGCAAGUCUUAAGGGCUAUACGAAAGCGACGAAGACAUGUAGGCAUCGGUCUCGAGCAGGAGGGUUGUGAAUUCUCCAACCCUGUCCGAAACAAGCUAUUCGUGAACGACGAAGAAUGGUACCAAGUGGUUGCCGAUGAGGAGGAUGGGGUGGACACGUGGUUUUCACAAGGAGACGACUCUUACUAA